CGGAGCUCCAGAGUACAGCCGCGCUCCAUGUUGUUCUUGGUGAAGAGAGCGCUGCAUCACGGGUUCCAGCAGUUUUACCAGUUUUACACCUCAAAUCCCCGGAAACUUCAGGCUUUCAGUUCGCGCUUCGCACAACACUUUGUGUUCUUGUAGAGGCCAUGACUGACAAGGACAAUGGUAGCACAGAUGCAGAUGGAGGUGAUAGUGUGGAUGCCAAAGGAUUCAGUCUUAAAGGUCUGUUCAGGUCUGACAAAGAAUCUGUUCAAGCCAAAGAAGUCAAAGACAAACGACCUCCUGACUUGUAUAGAUACCGCAUGGACUACCCUAAACUCGGGAAAUGUAUCAUCAUCAACAACAAGAAUUUUAACCGCAACACAGGGAUGAGAGACAGAGCUGGAACAGAUGUGGAUGCAGCGAACAUGGUGAAAGUCUUCAAAGAGCUGGGUUUCAGUACUUCAGUCCAAACCAACCGAACUAUUUCCCAAAUGACAGAGAUUUUAAUAAAAGCAUCCAAGGAGGACCACAGCCAGUCAGCCAUGUUUGUCUGUGUGCUGCUGAGUCAUGGGGAUGAAGGCGUGAUCUAUGGCACUGAUGGAUGCCUGGAGCUGAAGGAGCUAACACGACUCUUCAGAGGAAACCAGUGUAAAUCUCUAGCUGGCAAACCUAAACUCUUCUUCAUACAGGCGUGUCGUGGAACAGAGCUGGACCCCGGCAUUGAGACUGACAGUAGUGCUGAUUCAGAGGGCAUAAACAGGAUUCCUGUUGAAGCGGAUUUCUUGUAUGCAUACUCCACUGCCCCAGGUUAUUAUUCUUGGAGAAAUGCAACUUAUGGGUCGUGGUUCAUAUCCACCCUGUGUGAGAUAAUGGAAAAACAUGGCAGAGAGAUGGAGAUCAUGCAGAUCAUGACACGUGUGAACCACAAGGUGGCGCUGGAGUUCCAGUCUUCCUGCAGCCUUCCAGGAUUUAAAGCUAUGAAACAAAUUCCGUGUAUUAUGUCCACGCUGACCAAAGAGCUGUACUUUCCAAAGUGACUGAGUUGCAAACUAAAUUAAAU